CCAAAACUUUCUCAGGAACCAAACGGAGCGCAAGAAUGGUGAUCGAAGGGGCGCCAAGAGUCACCAACAGCCCUGGAGAUGGAACGAAGGGAGAGAUUUCUGGGGAGAUCGGCCAGGACUCGGAGAUUUUCUUCAGCCCCGGAUUCAAAUCGGUGGCGGAAAUGGCCGGUUGGGACGAGGAGGCUCUCCUCAUCGCCAGCCUUGUCGUCGAGGACACGCCCGAGCAAAUCUCUUCCAAGUACAAGAGACGAUCUGAUUUUCUGUUCAACACCCCAACGUCUUCUGGAUCGAGAAGAAAACGGAGAGUUAAGAAAAGCCCUGUUCCCAUUCCAGUUGUUGAUCUCGAUGAAGAAGUAACCAAAAACGAAGAGAACGGCAAAAAGGUCCGAGUGACAAAAUCGGAGACACAGGAAGAGAAAAGGGUGAGAGAGGAUGAGAAGUUGUCUGAGCAGAAGCCUUCAAGUGUAGCAGCCGUAAACGACGUUGUACUUCCGUGCAUAGAUAAGCUACGAGAAGAACUAUCUUGCGCUAUUUGCUUGGAUAUUUGCUUUGAACCGAGUACCACAACUUGCGGACACAGCUUCUGCCAGAAGUGUUUGAGAUCUUCAGCAGAUAAAUGUGGCAGAAGAUGCCCUAAAUGCCGGCAACUGAUGAGCAAUGGAAGAUCAUGGACAGUCAACACGGUCUUGUGGAACACGAUACAGCUUCUGUUCCCGCAAGAAGUCGAAGCAAGGCGAGCCACAGGAGCUGGUGAUUUGAGCUGCAAGAAAACGCCGAGCCCUAGGAACCCUAAUUCUUCGCGGCCAAGAAACCGGAACCCGGAAAGGUUUGAAAGAGAGGACCUUUCGAGACUGGUAGUAACACCCGAGGCAAGGGGGAGAGAAAGAAGAAGAGGGGGGGAGGGGAGGCCCAGACAAGACGCUGACGCAGCGUUGGCGUUGCGGUUGCAGCGGCAGGAAUUCGCGGCUGCGUUUGGUGACCACCCAAGGAGGACUGCGUCUCUGUCGCUUGCCAGAGCCAACCUCCGAGCUAUGGCUUCUAGAGCUGUUCAGACGCAGCAGCGUAGGAGAGGGCAAUGAUGGUAGAUGAUGACAAUCAUUAUUAUCAUCAUCAAUUCAUCAUCAUCAUCAUUGUUAUCAUCAUCGGGCUCGAUGAUUGAAUCAGAUCCAGAAUGUGUUUUGUUUGCCACAUGGGUUUUAAAAUCAUUGAAAUCGUUGUGUUGUACCAAUCAUGCAGAACAUUAUAUAAAUUUCUACGUUUUUUUUUUGGCACC